AGGGCUCGGGAGACUUUCUGCAACACAACUCAGGAAGAUUGGGGCAGACCUUCAACAUCGUUUUCACUGCUAGAGCUCUAUGAUAAAUGCCAGCCCAAGAGAAACGUUACACUGCCCGAUUCGAACACACCCAUUCCCGAACAUGAUGCUUUCAGCCUUACCAGUUACGAUGCAACUACUGUGCUAACAGCAACAGACUCUGCUCCGCUAACCAGAGACACUCAUACCAGCUCCCUAGUUCAGAGGAGUGUAAUGAGCAUGACGGCAGCCAACCCAACUGAGCCGAUGCUCACAAAGGCCAACAGUUCCUCCCACGAGGAGUCGCCAGUUUCCGAAUCCAUGAGCCAUCCCCCUUCCUUCAUGUCCAUAACCUCCUCCCAGGAUUUUCUCAAAGAGCUCCAUAGUCACUCCUCGGAUUAUGGCUCCACAAGUCAAACUGAAACAGAUCAGCUAAAGAGAGAGCGCACAACGACCGAUGCGACGUUUCCCCAGGAAGGUCCAUUCAACCAGCCCACUAGUGAUUAUUCUACUAGAGCAACAAAAAACCCCGAUGCCACUGACCAUUACAGCCAUUCCCUUGCCACUCACGCUGCGGAAGGUACACCACAAACGAGCCUACCACGGCUGAAUUCCACAAGGACCAACGCUCGGUCAGAGCCCGCAUCCACCAGAUCACUGAUACACUAUGUAGACGACUACGAUUACGAUGAACAGUCGACAGAAACCCCAGUGCAAGUGGCAUACACCUCCUGUGACUACAAUCCAUGCAGGCACCUUCAGAAGCCGUGCAGUGAACUUCAGAGCGUAUCCCGAUGUUUAUGUCCUGGCAUGUCGAGGGAAGAUGAGGUUCCAGAUCCGCCGAUGCUCAGAGAGGUGUCUGAAGUUACAGACAGCUCUGCACAGAUACGCUGGUGCGCCCCAAAUUCAGUUGUUCGCACCUAUAAGCUGAUGUUUCAUGCCCAAGACAACGAGGACAGACAGUUUGUCCUGGACAAUAUUUAUUCCACAUCAAGGCAGUACACCCUGUAUGAUCUAUUACCAUACACCACUUACAACAUCUGUGUGACUGCUUUGAACAAAGCCGGGUCAAGCCAGGCAGCAAGUCAGGGAACUCCAGGUGAUUCGUGCACCAAAUUUAAAACAAAACCCAGCUACAAGGCUGUCUUUGCUGCUCUGUCUGCAGCAGGCGGACUCUUCCUCAUUUCCACAAUUAUUUUGUCUGUAUGUCUGUGUAAGGCGUGUAAAAAGCCUCAGAGUGAGCAAUAUGGUACGCACUUAGUCUCUUAUAAGAACCCAGCAUUUGAUUAUCCGUUAAAAUUACAAACCACUAAUUAG